CAGACUUUCGCUGCAUAUUUUGAGCCAUGGAGCCAUCAGCCCCAGCGACGGGCUCUGCAGCUUCAUCGUCGUCUGCACCGGGAGAGAAAAAGAAGAGAAAGCGGGUAGAUCUCAGCAAGUUUGCAGACUUAGAAGCCGAAGAAGUCGGCGGCAGCGGAGAGGAAGAAGAUGAAGGCAUCGAUGAGGAGUUCAUUGAUGACGUGGGCGUCAAGGAUUCCGAUGCAACCAGGUCCAAACUGCGAAAGAAGAUGAACCUGGAUAAAGAGUUGAAGGAGAUCCAAAAGGACAUGGCUUCGCGUGGCCCAUUGGCCGGCGCAGCGAGGCUGUUUAGUACUGACAGACUCGACGACAUGGAAAGACGCUACAAGGAGAUGGACGAACUCGGAAAGCGCGGUGAAGACAUCUCCAGAAUGGAAGUCUUGGAGUCGGUGGAGCAGACGGUCACGGUUCCGGAAAGCAAAGAUCCCAGGCUGUGGUGCCUGAAGACUUUUGGUCCAGAGCAGGAACUGUGCAUCAAGCUGAUGUGGAAGGCCUUCGAAACCAUUCGAAACGGCGAGUCUGUACCGGUGGCUUCAGUUUUUACCGUGCCAUAUGUGCGUGGCUACAUCUACCUCGAAGCACAGCGAGAAGCUGAUGUGCGCAGGUUCACAAAAGGCAUCAAUGGCCUUUCGCAGUACACGGGGCUCUCCCUGGUGCCCAUCGAUCAGAUGGCUGGAGUUUUCUCAGCAGCCAAGGCUGCCGCGCAGAAGGUGAACGUGAUUCGGCCAGGUGACUGGGUGCGACUGAAGAAGGGCCCAUAUGGAGGCGACCUGGCCCAGGUCGACGAGGUUGACGAUGACAUGUACCUCUUGAAAAUGAAGCCGAGAAUACGGGGAGGCCAAAUAGCCAAGGGCAACAAGAAGAUCUUUCCGCCAAAGUGGUUCCACAAGGAUGACAUGGAGGCGACAAGAGAAGUCAUAGUGAAUGUUGAGCCUCGAAAAACUCAAAAAGGCUUCAAGCUCUUCUAUGUGGCUCAUGGCGAAGCCUACAGGGAUGGAUUCCUGUAUAAGAAUUACAGGAGCAGUGCCUUCGUGUCUGGGAGUGAUGUAAGACCUACCGAGUACGAGCUGACGGAUUGGAGAAAUGCUCCACCAAUCUCAGAGCAGGUAAGACCAGAGGAUGAUUUGCCCAAAAGCAAAGAAGAAAAGGAAGAGAAGAUGCCCCCGCCUCCUCUGCCAGUGAAGAAGGACACAGGUCCUAUACUUCAGGAUGGCGAACGUGUCAUCGUGCAUAGUGGUGACCUCAAAAACCUCAGAGGUGUGGUAUCCAAAGCCGUUUUCGGAUCACCGACGGUGCUGGUGCAGCCGAGAGACGUUGAUGUCAAAGGUGAUUUGUCCAUUUCAACAACGAGAUUAUGCAAGUACUUUGAGAUUGGCGACUAUGUCACGGUCCUCUCUGGAGACCAUGCAGGUGAUGCAGGACAUGUGGAAAAGGUGGACCUUGGACCUCAAAACGAAUGGGGGUCGCAUGUGACUGCUCAUAUUCUAGCCUCUGAUUACACCUCCUUUCGUACAUCAUUGAAUGAUUUGCGAAAGAGUUUCGAGAGGCCGGAAACUCGUCGCAGCAAUGGCGACUUCAAGGUGGGCCAGCUGGUCUCUGUCGGCAAAGACACACGUGCCGUCAUUGUGCGGCUCGAGGCUGAUGACCGUGCCCUGGUGCUGGACAUCGAUGGAGUGAAACAAUAUGUGACGCUGAAAGAGUUGGAACCCUUUAAGGUCCCGAAGCGAAGUAUUUACAAGCAGGAAGUAUUUUGCGAAGACAAAAAACGCAACAGAAUAGUCCCAUUCUGCAUCGUGAAAGCACCACAGAGCUACACAGGCAGUGCCCCUGUGACCAGUGAAGUGCUGUACAUCGAAAAAAACCGGGUCUUUCUCCGAGCCGUUGAGGGCUUGGUCGGAGAACGAGCCUAUUUGGUGGCCCAUGGUGACAAGUGCGAGUUUGUGUGGGAUCCGAGUCAUAUGCCAAAAGGCAAGGGCAAGGGCAGAAGGCCUGAUCUCAAGCUUGCCAUGAAGCUCGCUGAGACGCCAGAUGCAGAGCUGACUUCGAGACCGAUGUCCUUUGGUAUUCAGAUGGCAUCGCAAAUCUCAUUCCUCAAAGCUGGAUGGCAUAAGAUGUUGGGCCUCUCAGAGCGCCCCGCUGGUGCACCAACUGGUGACACGCUUGUGCCUGGCAGUGCUGUGAAGAUUACAGGAGGAAACUACAAGGGUUUGCGUGGAGAAAUCCGAGAUUUUUUGGAAGAUCGUGUUCGCAUUUCUUUGCUGUCAGCGCCCAAGCUGGUAGAGGUCUCAAUCAACGAUGUGCAAGACGAUCUCUAUUCCAAAGACAAGGCCUCGCAGAAAUUCGUCGACUUCUAUACGCCUCGUGAGGCACCAAUGCCAGUCCCUACCAAGGAGAAGAGCGAGGAGCAAACCUUGGCAGAGGGACUCGACCGGGCAACCAUGCCAUCCGAUGAGCAGGCGCUAUGA